GCAGAUGCCGGCCGCUGAUUGGUGGAGGCCGCGGCGCAUUGUUUGAAUGUGUGAGUGAGUGUCAGUGCGCAGUGAGAGCGGAGGAUCUAGAGAGCGGGAACUCUGUGCACUGUGUGAAGGAUGACUCGUGAUGCUCACAGACGGAAGCCCUCCACCCCGAAGAAAAGAUCCCCUCCUCGCCCCGCCCCAGCAUCCACCUCCCGGACCCGCAGAACCAGCGGGCCUACAGAGGGAACACCGAGGAAGAAGCGGAGGUUUCGGCCCGGGGUGAAGGCGCUCAUGGAAAUCCGUAAAUAUCAGAAAUCUACAGACCUGCUCCUGAGAAAAGGACCGUUUUCACGCCUGGUGCGGGAGGUGUGUCAGAUGUUCAGUAGGGAGCAUAUGAUGUGGCAGGCCUAUGCUCUGAUGGCCCUGCAGGAGGCGGCGGAGGCGUUCCUGGUGCGUCUUUUCUCCGAUGCUAACGUGUGCGCUAUCCACGCUAAGCGCGUGACCCUGUACCCGCGGGACAUGCAGCUGGUCCGGCGCAUCCGCGGCGUGGAGCACCUGUAACCUGAACUGACAUACAUCACCUGUAUUAUUUAAUAAUGACAGACCUGUUUUCAGUUUUAUUGUAAGCUAAAAAACAUUUUCAGGAGUAUAUUUUAAUCAGCACAUAUAAUAGCUUUAUUAGAUGAACUUUAUAGGGACUUAUAAUAGAAUUUUCGGCAUUUUAUUAUUUGUUUUUAGGGUUUUUUUUUGAAAGGAGAAAAAAAAACAGUUUUUGUGAGUCAUCCCAUUCACACACAUCCCCUAAAACUUAAAACUGAGCUUUAUAUAAUGGUUCUCCAAGCUUUUAGUGAGAUUUUAGUGAAAGCUCUGUUUUUAGUGCUUUUAGAAAAGUAAUUUGGGAUUAAAACUUUUUUUUUCUUAGUUUUUUUUUCUAUUUAUAAAGUUUGCCCAAGACAAGUCUGAAGUGCUAAUUCAAGCAUUUUGAUCAAAUACGGGCAGUGGAAAAUCUAUUUUUAUUGUUUUAGUGUAAAAUCUCUGAAUCUCCUUUAAUUGAUUUUUUGAUGCUACGCUAUAAAAUAACCACUUUUGUUGCCAUUUGGAAUCGUAACUACCUUAAUUUUUUUAAGAGUGCUUUUUUACUGUUUUUAUCAUUUAAAGUUUUGUUUGCAUAAAAUGAUGUUAAACAUUGUAUUUUAAUGUGUAUAUAAUUGAGAAAUUGUUAAUAAAAUGAUGUUUUGUAAUAAA